ACCUUUUCUGUAACACACCUUGGUGCUGCUGGUGUAUUAUCUGAAAAAUAGCAAUGUGCAACAACUUGAAGAGAGCUGCAUGCAUACCUUGAACACAGGCGGACUUGGACCUCCGUGCCAAGCUUUGCAUGUCUCAGUUGAGGGGUCUCCCUUCCCAGCUCUGCAUCCAACAGAGGAGGGAGAAGGAGUGGUUCAGGUGUGGGCAGCGUCUGACACAGAGGUGUCCCACAUUCUGCCCCCCUCUUUGAAUGAGGAUAUACCUGCUUUUGGAAACUAGGAACAUGAUUUUUUGAUGGGAGUAUGAAACCUGGCCACUUUAUGGUGACAAGUGCUACGUUCUGCUUUCAGUACCAAAAAGAUUGUGAAGAGGAAUGUCCCAAAAAUGAAUCAUUCUGUCAGGUUUUAAUUUUGGAAGAUGCUCUGUUAUCUUUAUGAUGCCCUUGUUAAUGGUAUGGAGAAAAAACAGUAAAGGGUAAUUGCUCCAUCAGACAUGCUGGAAUAUUCAGUAAUGCAUACAGUGCUGUCUGCUAGUUCCCAAGCUCAUUUCUGACAUUUUGCAUUUCAUCAAUUAUGUGUCUUUAAGGUGGCAGCCUCCAAAAAAGUUGUGAGGGAGUCAAAUGUGAAGCAAAUCCUUUAGUGAUUCUUCCUGAGUUACUUGAGAAUGAAACAUAUGCUGCAGACAUCUCUUACUUAUCUUUUUUUCUGGCUCUUUCUGGUUUUGUUUUUUUCUUCUGUGUGUCUCUCCUACUGACUUUGCAGGGGAUAAAAGCUUAAUGCUUGGUACUAGCAGGAAGCCGAUGUGGCAUGAAAAGAAAACAUGGUGUACUACUUGCUCUGUAAGAUAAACACUGCUAUCAGCUCCUGAUCGACUCCAGUACUGUUCAGCCUCUGUUCUUCCAAAUUCCUGCAUGGCAGAAGAGUCAGGCCUCCCUGUCAUGCUGAUGCUCGCAGUCAGUCUUCAAGAAGGUGGAAGCCCAGCAGCUGGUCACAGCACCAACUGCUUCUGUCACUGCCUCCUGAGGAGCAGGACAAAUUGUGCACAUAUCCCAGGGAAUUGAUUUGGUUUAAAAAUCUGUGGGUUUAUUUUACUCCCCCCUCUAAUGUGUUAUUAAUUUAAUUGCUCGUUGGUUUCUGAAGACUUCUGAAAGGUGCAGGGAUGGAGGUGGCAAGAUCUAUUUUAAGCUGCUGCCUUCUUUAAUUUAUGCUCAUGAUGUAUUUUUACCAGCAGCACUUUGUGAUCCAACUGCUACUUCUAAAUGUCAUUUACUUGAAUAAAAAGUGUAAUUAAUUUCUAAGUGUGACAUAAGCACUGAAAGUAUUAACUGAAUCACAGAGUGCUGUUUGAACAGCAGCUUUCCCAUGACAGGAGGGAAAGUUCAUGAAGUCCAAGGUAUGCUGCAAUACAAGUGUAGCAAAAAUACUCAAAAUCACUUGUUUGCAGGUUUUUCCAUUGCCCAUUAGGCUUUCUACUAGGAAAAUACCCAUAUUGAAUAAAAAUGGGCAAGCAUUAUUUGGUUGUCUUGUGUUUUCUGACAUUCAUUUGUGUUUCUGAUGGAAACCAGUAACCCUGUGCUUCCCAGCACUCCUUGAAGAGCAGUUGCUCAAGCACCUUUAACCAUAGGCAUUGAAAGAGAGAUUGUUGAACUCCAGUAGCCUGAGGUUUUUUUCAGGAUUAUUACCAUCAAAAACUUUUUCAAAAGAUUGCUUGAUUUAGUUUAAGAACUGAUGCAGAGCUGUCAUCUUUCUGCCUGUAAAAAGGAGUAAGGGAAGAAAUUUUGCAUUCACGUGUAUUUCUUGGUUCUCCAUAAUGCAAAGUAUGUAGUUUUAACAGAUGGACUAGCUCUUGAUUUUUUUAUAGAGCCAGUUUGUUCAAAAUCAAAUGUGGGAGUGGACCACACAGUCCUUUUACGUAAUGAAAUUUAAGUCUGCUUCAACUUUCUUUUGAUAUUGUAUAUUUAAACUGGUGUUAAUUUCAAUCAUCAUUGGUUUGCAUACAACGGUGUAAAUCCAGAAUACCCACUGAUCCAUGGGCUGAACAUCUGUGAGCCAUCACAUUCCAUCCCAGUGGACAGAAGAUUCAGAUAUUCAAAGCCCACUGAGUUUUUUUUCCAACGCUGAUGCCUUUAUCCUAAAGAAGAGAGAGAAAAAAUUGCAGUAGCUUGAUUCUGCUGGGAUUGUCAUUUCUCUAGGCAGAAGUCUGUGUGCUUAUUGAGAAUGUGCCUGCCAGUGUCCCUCAGGAGGAAGUGGGAGUGUGUUUAUAUGUGCGUGUGAGCUGUAAGUGGGGGUGUCUGGUUUUUCUAUGAAGUUUUCCAUUUCCAAACCUUACAGCUGAUGUUUUGUUGUCUGUUAAAAGGCAUUAGUAUUAAACUAGAAUUUUCUGGAGCUUCAGAACUAGCACCCCAACCCCACCUCUGAUUACUUAAAAUUUAUGGACAUCUUUUUGUUUACAGCUCUUAACCUGCCUUUGGUUCACGGGAGAGACAAGGAAGGCAUGAGGUGUGGUCCUGGAAAACAGCCAGCAAGGAAUCCCUGUGUCUCAUGUGGCAAAAAGUGAAAGUGCAGCUAAUGUUAAGCAUGUCCUUCCUCGCUGCUCUUUUUUGGUAUUGUAGAAGGCUAUACAGCUUUUUUGCACAGCUGCUGAAACGGUGGAGCAACUACCUUCAGAGGCAGCUCAUAAGGAAUCUCAGUGUGCUGCCAGAAGUUGAUCUACUUGGUUAUAGUGCAAGAGAAUGGAAAGGAGAAACAAAGCAGGCCAAACAGAUGAGGGAGGCAUAUGAAGAAUUGUUUAGGAGCUGUCAUAUCAAAUACCUGAGACAAGUCAAGAGGGACAACUACAGUGUAGUAAGAGCAGUGCUUUUUCAGAUUUUCAGCCAAGGCAUUCCUUUUCCUUCGUGGAUGAAGGAAAGAGAUAUAUUGAAGCUCCCUGAAAAGCUUUUGUAUUCUCAAGGUUGUAACUGGAUUCAGCAAUACAGUUUUGGGCCAGAAAGAUACACGGGUCCCAAUGCUUUUGGGAAGUUGCGCAAAUGUAUGGAGGCCUUAAAGACAAACUGGGCUGAAAUAAGUGCUACAAGAAAUCAUGAAGAAAGAGGAAGUAUGUGUAAUACACUGUUUUCUGAUGAAAGCAAGGAAUAUAAACUAUAUGAGGCCAUAAAAUUCAUCAUGCUCUAUGAAGUUGUCGAAGCCUAUGAGCAGAUAAAGAGCAGGGAUGAACCCGUACACAACCUUUUUAGCCUUCUCUUUGCUCGUGACUCUUCAUCUGACCCUCUGAGCUUCAUGAUGAAUCAUCUGAACUCCAUAGGUGACUCUAUUUGCUUAGACCAGGUUGAACUGUUUCUUCUUGGAUACUUACUUGAAGUGAAGAUACGAGUUUACAGACUGCAUAGGUUUAAUACUGAGGAAUUUCAAGUAAAUUAUCCGGAUGAAUACCGAAGGGAAUGGAAUGAGAUUUCUCUCCUGACUGAGGAUGACCGCUACUAUCACAUCCCCCUUUUCAGAACGUGAAGGACCAGUGACUUUUUUUUUCCUUUGUAUAGUAUAAUGAAUUCACCAGUUCCAGUGAAUUAGGUUUCUAAUCAGCAGCAGUUAAAUCUUAAGAAUGCUCAUUAAUGAUUACAAAAUGGUUUAUGGGCUUAUUGUGUAAACAUUUUGCUUUCCCAUUGCAGCUCAGUUCACCAUCAGUCAGCCAUAAAAAUCAUAAAAUAUAUUGCUAUACUGUCUGGGGCAAAAAAUUGUGAUGUUUGAAGGCUGUCAGACAAAAAAAAAUUGACUGCGUGACAAUGAAGGCAAAGGUUAUGGUGGGUUUUCCGUUGCUAGCCUAAGGGGUUUACUCUGACAUCUGUGGAUGGGUUAAACUCAAGUGCCUAAAGCAAUGACUGCCUUUCCCUACUCCUGUCUGUCUCUAGCUAGGGAGGAUGACUCACAGAAGAAAGGAAAUCCCUGGGUCCCACAGUUUAUAUUCCAUGCUAUUUAACUUGCAUUGACAUGGGAGGAUAUAAACUGAGGCCUCUGCAUGGCUGCUUCAAAUCCACUUGGCUUCCCUUGUUGCCAGAGCACCCCUCUCCAGGGAUGGGCAGAGCAAGCAGCAGCAGGUUGCACUUAAUUUCAGACUUGGGAAGCGGAGCUGUCUGCACCCAGUGGUGCUCCCUGAAGGAGAAGAACUGUUACACAGGGGGAAAAAUCAACACACAGGAGUACUGUGCCAGAUGAGUGGAAGAUCUCCUGCAAAGUGAGUAAAGUGCAUCACUUUCUCCAAGGUAAAAAGGGCAGCAUUAAUGGGUAACACACAACAGAGCCACAGCCAGUGGCUGCAUACGGCUUUGGUCAACUUGUAAAUCCUUUAAGGGCUGAUUUCAACAUUACCUGCCAAAAUUUCCUUUGCAAUUCAUCUGAGAAAGCUGUGCAUGGAAUACAGGUCAAAACACUGCAUUUUCAGAAAAUACUAAUUUUUUAUGCAUUAUGUGAAUUCAGUAGUGUUGCAUAUAUGUUUUAUCCUCUGAUUAUGUAUUAAUCUCCUUGCCUAAGAUUGCUGUCUUUAAUUUAGACCUCUGCUUGAAGAAGUCUGUCCAGGACAAGUAAAUGAGAUUUAUCUUCCUACAUGGAACAUUUUGCUCAGUUCUGUUUUCUAAAAGAAUCAGUGUGUUUUGAUUAUUUCAAAAUAAGGGUCCUUAAGUUGAAGAGGUAUUAGAUCUCUCAAAAUAUUUGUGAAAAGCUUACAAUGACACAGGCUGAUUGUUGUAUUGAAGAGGGUGGGAUUUAUUAAGAAACAAAGCCUCUCCUUUCCUUAUCCUAGAGAUAUAGAGGGACAGGCAGGUUUUAUUAAACCUGCAGAAUAAAAUGCUAGCCAGUAGCAAAAAUGAGAACAAGGCCUGCAGGAGCCAAAGCAGUUGCAUGAAGUAUCUUCAUGGUAAUGCUUGGAGUCCUUUGUGUAAAGAAAAGCUAUUUUAUCCCUUAUGCUCCUUUUAUUUGUGUGUAUAUCUGUAUAUAUAUAUAUAUAUUUAUAAAUACAAAUACCUGAGUUCUGUAUUGUAGCUGUUUUGUUUCCUGAAAGUUUGAGUUCAGUUUUGUUGAAUGAUUUGUAGAUUUUAAUUAAGAAGGCUUGAUAGCUGUAAUAAUUUCAUCUCAUCAAAACCUGCAUAGCAAGUACUUCUAUUUAUUAAAAGAAAGUUUUUCAUUGAAUGAAAUAAUUUUCUUAUUUUAGAUUUGGUUCUGCUCUGCAUGGGGAAAAGUUAUAAUACCUAAGUGUAGAGUAUUGUUAUCUAUUUUGCAUCAACAGUAACAGUUACAGUUAUCAAUAAACUUGUCUAUAUUUUUUUCUUGUUUCGGUACAAACAGACAUACCAUAACUAAGUAUGUAUUUUUGUAGUGGGUUUUUAAUGAUUUGCAUAUUAUUUGUGUUUAGGAAUACAAAAGCGUUCCAGCUGAAAGUGAUAAAUUGUGAAAAUGUACAUUUUUGUGAUCUUGAGCAUAUUAAUAGCAGGGAAUUAAUAAAAAUCUAAAACAGA